CUCCCGUGGCGGCGCCGGGCAGGGAUGGCUGCGAACCGGGUGGGCAGGCGGCUGGGACGGGGGUCCCCGGCGCGCUCUCCGGGGAGUCCCCGGGCGGAGCCGGCCCGCAGCCCCGGGAUCCAGAAGCGCCAGACGCGGGUGACGGUGAAGUACGACCGGCGGGAGCUGCAGCGGCGGCUGGACACAGAGAAAUGGAUCGACGGGCGCCUGGAGGAGCUGUACCGGGGCCGGGAGGCAGAGAUGCCGGAUGAAGUGAACAUUGAUGAACUCCUGGAGCUGGAUGCAGAUGAGGCACGGGCUGCGCAGCUGCAAGGCAUCCUGAAGUCAUGUCACAACAACACGCAGGCCUUCGUGCAGGAGCUGCUCCUGAAGCUGCGGGGGCUCCAGAAGCAGCAGGUCCUGCAGCGGCGGCCCAGCCCAGAGCUCCAAGAGCGAGCAUGACCCCUGCCCAGGGAGGGGCCCCCUGCGGCCCUUGGCAGUGGCAGCUUCCUCCAGACGAGUGGGACCAGCGAGGCCCUGCAAAUCCAGCCUGGGGCCGGGGGUUGCUGGCGGAGCCUCCUGCCUGACAGCUUGUGCCCCUGCACCUGGGGGUGGCACAGGCCUGGCAGUGCACAGUGCCCUGCCCCCCAGCAGCCCCCUGGACAGUAUCCCCCUGCCCCAGUAUAAAUCUCUGGCGAGCCGAGGGGUUGGGGCUCAGCGGGUACCUUUUGGUCUGUAAUAAAGCCUUGCUUUGGAGCACUG